UCAAAACAUUUGCAUUGUUCUUUUUACGCAUAUUAAUUUUGGUUUGUCUGUUCGGAAAAUAAAUCAAUCCUACACAACAAUAUAUUCAGAAUAAUUAAAUCUCAAUUUAAUUACUUUAUAGUAACGUCAUAAUGAAGUUAAUUGCAUUAAAGUCAUUUUACAUUAUUGUUACUAUAUAUGAGACAACAAACGCAAACAGAGAAGCUUUGGAUAAAACACGUCAUAAUUUCAAGAACGCGCAAAGAAAAUUAAUUGACUGUUUAGACCGUAAUCAUUAUGGUGCACCACUAAAAGAUUGGAGUGGCUAUGUGAUGAGAGUAGUUUCUAACCGUUUGAACGGGCUUAGAGUAGAUAUUGUUCUAGGAUUGAAAAACGAAAAUGUAGUUGAUACAGACAUAGCAACUUUUGUAUGUAAUUUGGGAAUAGAUGCAACUGAUAAAAUGAGUAAAUAUGUUGAGCAUUGCAAUAAUGUAACCAGGAUAUGUAGUCAAAUUUUUCGUCAAACGUUACAUGAAAAAAUCGAUAGUCGAAGUUGGGGAGCCAAACUUUUUGGAAAAAAAACAAAUAACAGUUAAUGUUGACAUAGUCUCAAACAUACGCACUAACAUAGAAGUACAUUCAAAAUUAAUUUAUAUUAUAAUAAAUAAUUAAAUGAAUAGUGUUAUAGUUGUUUAAAUCAUA